AUGGAUGCACGGCUAAGGAUAUCUUUCGACAACCAGGUUAGGAGAGUUCACACCCAUCCACGUUUGCUAUUCCGCGCUUUUGAGCCAGCUCACGGCCUUAAGGCUCGACGAUUUCUUGAUGACUCGUCCGAGUCGGCAAUCCCUCCGCCACCGGCUUUUGGAACCAGCGCCUUCCGCCAUCUAGUCGAGCAACAUUUGAGGGAAGUCCCGUUUUCGUCGCCUUUUCUUUCCUGGAGCCAGAACCCGAGACGGGCUCUUGAUCUUAUCGAAAAAGGUGCCAAGCCUCGCUUUCUGGCGGUAAUUGACUACAACGACUACUGUGAGGAACUGGAGAGCAGGUUCGGCAGAGGUGUUGGGUUAUGGCUCGUCCCAAGCAUUUGUCAGCGUUACGGCUUUCGUGAUCUGGAGAAGGCGGGGGAGAGCACCAGUGUUGGCUCAGGUACUAGGCCACGUCGUCGUGGCUACACUGGAAUUGGAGAGUUUUUAUCUUGGGGCUCGGUGCGGUGCGAGCCCGUUGCGAUCCUUGGUAAAGGUGCCAGCUUGAGACUCUACUACACUAUGAAGAGUUUCGAAACUGUGGAUUUCAUCUCUGGAGUUAUGCUUCGUCAGUGUCUUUACGGAGUACGUUCUCUCUACCGAGAGGUCCUUGCGAAGAGCUUACUCCUUGCCUUCAAGAAAAUGAAGAAUCGUGGCGGGUUUGCUUACCGCAGCUUCAUCCGAGGCAUUUACGGCGAUUCAGAACGUGCUUCGACAACAACCGAACCUUCUGAUCAAGAUGACGACUGGGAGUCACUGUCGACUGCAGAUGACGAAUUUUCUAGUCGCCGAAUGGAGAUGGAGAUUACACCGACUGGAAGUCUUAAAUCUAUCAUCACGGUAGAGAUUCCUAGAACAACCCCAACCUCCGCAUCACAAGCUUCACCAAGAGGUAAGGUGGCGGCUCAAUUCAAGGCUUCGCUAAUGAGAUAUGACGAUCAAGAAAUCGUCCCGUGGGGGCUGGAUACAGAGCACCAGGAAAUGCAUCUACAACCUGAUUCCGUUCUUUUCACCACCGACGAUACUGAGAAUGGCGAGGAUCUGAUAUGGCAAGAAACAGAUUCUGAGGUAGUUGAGAGCACCGAAAAUGCCAUUGAGCCCGGAGAACUGUCUAACGAGUUGGAGCCUCCUGGGACAGCGGAAAAUUUGAACCCUGCCGUGGAUUUGGAUACUGCCGACGACGACUUUGCAACGUUCUUGGAAGAACUUUUUGAAUGGGCCAAGGUUCCUACACCACUGGCAAGUCGUCCUCCUUCGACGCCAGCCACGCCACGUUUGCUUAAGGACAGCCUGACAGAGAGGAUACCGACUCCAGCUAUCGAACCACCAGCUUCAUCCAGCAAGAAUACUUUGCUCAAAGAGGCCGUGAAACGGUCGAUGAAAUUGCUCACUGGCGAAACACCGGCACCGACUCGCCCUCGGUCCAUAUUACCUUCGGGGCAGCAACUACUCACAAACCACUGGCGUACCAAGAAGCGCUCUGCAGCUGAUUUUGUCGAUUGUAUCACCCCGAGUGAUGAUCUGAUGUCGCCACCACAGACAAAGGAGAAAAAGCAACGACGAGAAGAUGCAGUCUCCAGGGUCAAUGCCCCACUUGGUUCGAACAACUGUCGAGAAGUGCAAACCAAAACCAAUAUUGUCGUCAUCGAGGACUCAGAUGAUGACCUCGAAAUCAUUGCCGAGACUACAACUGGACUUCGCCGACGCCGUACUGUUCUGGCCGAAUGCAGUCGAAGUUCGACUCAGAUUGUGUUGCUGGAUUGA